AUGGCGAGCGAAGCCAAAAAGAAGAAAAUUGCUGUGAUCGGGGGCUUGACAGGAUGCAUUGAAGGCGCGACACGCGUCUCGGCAAAUUGGAUGCGAUGGCAGGUUGUGCGGGGGAAACGACUCUUGCUCUGGGAAACCAACCCGGACAUCCUCUCGCGAUGGGCGCAAUCGGUGAUUGAAACGGAGAUUUUGCUCCGGGAGGUGACUCAACAGGAAAGCUUCGUCAAAGAAUGCAUCCAGAUCGUCAACGCGAACUCCGACCCUGUCGCCAAGGCGAUUGUGCCCGACAUGGUCGAAGAGUUGAUAACACUAGACCACGAGUACGAUCGCCUCGAACGAACCUACGAGACCAUUGUGGCUGGUUGCCCGGCAGGACCGAUCAAGAGUGGAUAUCUGUGGAUUCGACAACAGUCAUAUUGGUAUCUUCGAAGUGAUUGGCUGCGCCAGGACUGUAUCAAUCGUGGGGGUUGUUGUGGUCGCUCGUGCGGAUGCUGCGAGACACCCCCUGACCCUCGUCGGAGGAAAGGAUGGGGUCACUGUACAGCCCAGUGCGCUUGUUGUAAAAGUGUGCGUGGGUUUCGAGCAACCGAAAGAGGUAAACGACUCCUCCAGCCCAAGUAUGAUUUGACUGUUUUCCCUUGGAGUCAUUAUAGUCGCCAGAUGUUCCGUGCUUAUGUCUGGUCUCUUGACUGA